GAAAGAGUCACACACUAACAGCUUGCGUCAAUAAAAAUCAAAGACCCAAUACGGGCUUAGUGGCAAUAUCGAACUGGCACCUGAACUUAGUAGAACAUAAAUUUUCGAAUCGAUUGGAACGAAUUUACCUUCGGAGGAGCUCUGUGCGUUGUAACACGCCUAGAAUGAUUGAUUAUGGCCGAUAAUCGUGUUACUGGAAGCUACUUACUUGUUGUACUGGGAUUGACGCUGACGCUAUCCGUAUGCGUUGCCGAUACAUGGCACUAUCCGAAACCGAAUCCGGACGGGACCGUAGGAGAGCCGGAACACUGGGGAGGGAAUUGCGACACAGGCCGUCGCCAGUCUCCAAUCGAUCUCAAUAUGAAGGCGGCCGUCAAGGGCGCCUAUCCGCUGUUCGUGUUCGACAACUACGAUCAACCGAUGAGGAAUGCUUCCCUAGUUAACAACGGGCAUACAAUUCAAGUGAGCGCCGGAGAAGUGUCGGCUUCCGUCUACGGAGGUGGCCUUUCGAACAAGUACAUCCUGGAACAGUUCCACUUCCAUUGGAGUUCGGAGCAUACGAUCGCAGAUCAACGAUACGCUCUGGAGGUUCACCUGGUUCAUCGCAACUCCAAGUACGCAACGUUGACAGAUGCUGCGGCAGAGAAAGCCGGAGUGGCCGUGCUAGCCGUAUUGUUCCACGUAGACGAACAACCGAACGAGGCGAUCAAAACCAUCCUGGACGGGACAGCAUCGGUUAAGGACAAAGUGAACGACUAUGUAAGACUUACGGGAAGCUUUUCCCUGGAAAGUCUGCUUCCGAAGUCUCGCACAGAGUACUUCCGCUAUGAAGGAUCGCUAACGACGCCCAUCUGCGCCGAAUCGGUCGUGUGGACAAUCUUUCCCCAAUCGCUACCGGUAUCGCUGGCUCAACUGGAAGAGUUCAAAACCAUUCGCGACGGUGAACACGAGGAACUGGUUCUGAACUAUCGUCCGGUACAGCCGUUGAACGCUCGGGCACUGGUUUGGGUCGCCGAAACGGAACAAAGAGCUGACGAUGGAAGCAGCUUUUUACAUCCAAACUUGUUGUCUAUGACCGCAGCGCUAAUGCUGUCAACUGUGAUCUGUUACUUAAGGACUUAGAUAUUUAAAUUACCACAGAAUGUUUAGCCUAAAAUAGAAAGAGACUGAUAUAAAUAGCCAUUGUCUGAA